CUCUGCCAGACUUCUCAUACAUUCACCAACACUUCAAUUUUGAUUUGAGUACGAGUGGGUGGUCUCAGUGAAAAACGCUGUUGUUUUCCGCCUUUUAGUCUCAAACUCGCGAAUAUAUUUUGGAUUGGAGGGUUCUUUUUUCUUACAUUCAACUUCAAGUACUCAGGGAGGCACCUGCCAUUUGCUGUAGGAUCAGGACAACUGUUCUAUACUACUGUUUCAAGGGACGUUGAAAUAAAAAUCAGCAACCAUGGCGUUCGCAGGACUAAAGAAGCAGAUCAACAAAGCCAACCAAUACAUGACAGAAAAAAUGGGUGGUGCAGAAGGAACAAAACUAGAUGUAGAUUUUGUUGAUAUGGAAAGAAAAACUGAUGUUACUGUUGAACUGGUAGAAGAAUUGCAAUUGAAGACCAGAGAAUUUCUCCAGCCUAAUCCUACAGCACGUGCCAAAAUGGCAGCAGUCAAGGGUAUUUCCAAGCUGUCUGGUCAAGCUAAGGCAUCAACUUACCCACAACCAGAGGGUGUUCUUGGUGAUUGUAUGGUGACCUAUGGUAAAAAGCUUGGAGAAGACAGCGUUUUUGCACAAGCACUAGUUGAAAUGGGUGAAGCACUUCGUCAGAUGGCAGAUAACAAGUAUUCUUUGGAUGAUAAUAUUAAACAAAACUUCCUUGAACCCUUACAUCAUCUUCAAACAAAGGAUCUGAAAGAGGUCAUGCAUCAUCGCAAAAAACUCCAGGGCCGACGCCUUGACUUUGACUGCAAAAGACGACGACAAGCCAAAGCACCAGGCAAUCGUUCCCCAUAUGGAAGUCCAGUUCGUCUGGGCUCUGCCAUGACUGCGGCUGAUGAGGAGAUUCGUCAGGCAGAGGAAAAGUUUGCUGAGUCUCUUCACCUUGCUCAGAUGGGAAUGUUCAACCUACUCGAAAAUGAUGUUGAACAAAUCUCCCAGUUGGCAACAUUUUCUGAAGGCCUUCUUGAACACCACCAACAAUGUGUAGAAAUUCUGAAGACACUUGUUGAAACAAUGCAUGAAAAGAAAGAGGAAGCAGCUAACAGACCGAAGGGAGAAUUUAUACCGAAGACAUUGGCAGAUCUUAAUAUCGAACACGGCAUUUUGGACGGCAUAAAUGGUUUGAAUUCUAACUCCAACAGUUAUUCACCAACUCAGCACAGUGGUGGCUCCAACUCAUAUUCUUUCAACAACCAAAAUCAAAGUACCUAUCCUUCAGUUUAUCCCAAUGCCCCUUCCCUUCAAUCACAUAAACCUUAUGAUCCCUGGUCUGCAGCUCCACCCACUAGACCAAAAGCAUCUCCACUACCAUCUCCAAUGAAAAAUUCUCCUGCUCGAACACCUCAAAGCAAAGGCCCGUGCUGCACAGCCCUUUAUGACUUUGAACCUGAAAAUCCUGGUGAACUUGGGUUUAAGGAAGGAGACACAAUUCAGCUGGUCAACAAGAUUGACGAAAACUGGUAUGAAGGAAGUGUGAAUGGUCGGACUGGAUUUUUCCCUCAGUCUUACGUCCAGGUGGUUGUUCCUCUACCAUAAAUGGAUUAACAAAGUCAAACAUUCCAUGAUUCUGUCUUCAGUCACUCCCUUAUGAGCUAUGUGUGUGUGCGUGUCAGUUUUUAAAUCAAAUUUAGCCGUUUUAUGAAAUGCUGAGAUACCUCCAUAUACAUUUAAUGCCACAGAUUUUAACUUGAUUUAUAUUAUCUAUGUUAUCAUGCGCAAGGAUGCCAUAUUUUAUUCUUCAAAUCAUGUUUUUAAAGGUUUUAUCUAUCUAACACUUGGUUUAAAAAAAAAUACUUUCUCAUUUUGCCAGUUUUGAUCAAUCUUACAAAAAAGAAAAUCAAACCAUCUAUGAUCUUAAAAUAUCUGUAUUACAAACCUAUAUUAUAUUUGUGUAUAUUUCACAUGUACACAUAUAAUGUUUAAAUGUAUAUUCAGAUACAUUUUAUGUAUAUAACAUGUUAACUUGUAUGCGCUUACUUGUCUGUGUACACAUGCACACUCAUGAAUAUCCCUAACAUUUAAGUCAGUAUUUAUUGGAUGUGAAAUGUAAAUGAAAAUGUAGAAGAGUCAAGUUUGUUUGGAACUACGUAGUAUUUCAGUUUGCUCUACAGGACAUAGAACAAUUGUUGAUGAGGUUUUGUAUCAACUUUUAAUGCCUCUUAAAAGUUAUAUUUUUAUUUGUUGUUCAGUUUAAUGAUAUUUGCGUUGCAAAUUUUUUUUCAUGUGAUUAUGAGAGACAAAUGUAUGUAUAAAUUGAUCAUUGUGUAUAUCAUGUGUGGAAGUUUAGUUUUAAAUUCUAUUUGAAAUUUUUCAACUAUGAGACCUCUUGAACAGAAUUAUCUAUUAGUUAUCAAAAAACUAUGUCUUUAGGUUCAGUCUUUAUGAAGGACUGUGACUGGAGUUAUUAGGUUGUAUUAUUUUGUUGAAUUUCUGAAACCAACAGAUUGGCCUUUGGGUUUUUACUGUAGCUUCAAGAGACAAUGAAUGUCUUUGCCUGAAUAUGUCAUUCCUAGGCCCUGUCAUCAUGCCAAUGUUGUUGUCAUGGAACUCUAGGUUCCCUUCAAAUAGGGUAUUCACAAUCAGCAGAUUUCCUGUGUGAAACAUCUACUUGUAAUUUGCUGGACACCUAUAGGUUUCUUUGUAACUUAGUCUGAUCAUGUCUAUUUUGAAUAACUUUCAGUAACCCAAAGGAUCUGUUGUGUUGAAGGCAUUAUCCUAAUUUAUUGUUCAGUAAAGUCAUUUACAUGUACUAUUAUUAUCUGUAAGUAUUAAAAAGUGAUGUCACAUGAUUGUGAUUACCAUAACAUUUUGAGAUGUGUUGGCUUGUAAAUAAGUCAUAACUUGUGGAAUGUCAUCACUGUAUUAAUUUUAUACUGACUGAUAUUUGUUGGCCACUGGAAGCUCGGUAGUAUAUUUUUUGCGUGAAGAUGGGCUGCAGUGAAUUUUACUGUAUAAGUUAGCUUGUGUUUUCAAGUCCAAGGCCAAGCGGUGUCACUUUGCCAUCAGAAGAAGGUGUCUCAGAUGAUAUGGUCAUUAGAGUACUUAGAAGCAAAAAGUUGUAAACACAUUUUAAAUCUAAGGUUUAGUUGAAAAGUAAAACCAAAGUACACUGCCAUUCCACAUAAUAAAGCUGGGUUGAUAGUGCUAUAUGUUUUGUUUGUUUGCUGUUUGUGUUUCUGCUAACAAAAUCCAUUUCCUCUGUAAAGCUGGUAUGCAGAUUUAUGUUCAAAGCUAGGUUUUAUAUUUUUGUAUGUCAGUUGAGGAUACUUAGGAUUCUGUAUUUAAGUGAUAUUAUCUCUUCUGCUUUUGCCACCAUGUUCCUGUUAAUAAAAAAUAGUGUUUGUUCAAUUAAUUGCAGCAACUUUGCUCAUGUUUUGAAGAAGGCUUCUAUUCAACAAUAUCAACCCAACUCUAUUUUGACUUCUAUAAAAUUGCAGUGAGAUUAUUUUGCAGCACAGAUAUCACCAGUCAUGGAAAAAAUGAGAGACCUUAUUUUUAAGUAAAACACUGACGCUAGUUGGUAUGGCUAGUCGAGGGCAGUGCUAAUUAGGAAACGACAAUAAUGAUUACAAUAUUAAUGACUACAACAUUAAGCACAAUGUGUUGUAGUUAAUUUAUUCCAAUUUUGAAGUGGAAUAAAUGGCCUAAGAACUUGAAAAAUGUUAACUUUAUCAGCUAUAGUUUGUCAUUCUCAUUUCAAUAUUAUGCUCUGCUCUCUGAAACGCAAUUCUUAUUAGAUUGUGCCAACCACUACCAACACAUGAAAGACCUCAUGCCUAUCCAGCAUCAGUCAGUAGUCAUCAGAAAGCUGCUAAAAUCUUUCAUUCACCAUUCAUACUCUCAAAUAUUUUUUACUUAAAUGAGAUGAAUAACAUACUGGUUGAAAUUAAUAUGCUGCUCUUUGUUUUUGGUUUAUGUAUGGAAGUAGAAUCUGGCCACUUUUUAGAUGGUCUUAGAAAUGAGCUUUUAAUGCAAAGGCUAUUUAACUGAUACUUUGUUGUACUUAAUUCUGUGAUUUCAUAGUAAAUUGAGCUUGGUGGACUUGGAAUAUGCUUCUUUUAAGUUUUCACUCACAAUUGUAGUCAAAUUUUGAAAACACACGGGUACUGAUUUUUUACUUGUAUGCUAUAAAGUUUGCUGAGGAUAAGGCCACCUGCAGAUUGUAUGCUUAUUUACAUGUUGUUUUCACAAACUCAAUUCCUCUGAUCGAUUCCAUGAAAGUAAGGAAACUGUCUUUAGCAUAUUAUUGAAAAUGAGCUUAUCCUUUCUUCAAAGAGCCAUACAUUAAUAAAAUAGCACUGUAAAGAGAAGUGCAAUUACAACUGAUAGUACUCUAAUAUCCUGUAAAUCAUGUGUCUAGAUGCAAAGGAGGGAAAAGGUAUGAAUGUAAAAUGGAAAUCGCCGGGAAACCUUUUGGAACUAUUGAAGGCACAAUGGUAAUGUGACAUGCUUUCAGUCUUAUUUUUGUAUGCAAUAAUCUGAAAAGUGGUUCUUUGUGCCACACCCCUAUGCUAUCAAGUUAUCAUAUAUUUAAAAAAAAAAUUUAGCCUUUGAAUUUUAAAGAAAUUUAAAAGUAUUUUCUUCUCUGUUAUUUUUUGAAUGUUUAAAAUCAGUUAUAAUCCAUAUGUUUUGAGGUUAAAAGGAAUGUUUUGAAUCCAUAGCUCUCAGCAGAUGUGUUCAUGAGUGGGUUUGAAUAAAUUGAACUCGGUGAUUUACUUACAUUCUAUGAGAAUGAUAGCUUUAUUGUGUCCCUCAAGAGGACUGGGUUGAUGAAGGUCGACUCUGAAGCGACCAACUUAAUACUCUUACCAGAUUCUGCUCUCAUGCUGUCUGGGGUGUUAGACAAUACAGAACUUGUUGUUACUGAUCAUAUUUUAAGUGUAUGAUGUAUGUAUUCCUUGUCCGAUGCCUUUUCUGAGUUAUUGUUACAUUAUUGUAUAUAGUUUGAAUUACUGUUGUAGUACGGUGCUCUUGAUUGUCUAUCUACUGUUACCCAUGGAUUUACCUUAUUGGUUUUAUGAUGUCAAUUUUCAUUUUUACAAAAAAAAAAAUCAUCUAUGAACUGUUAAAUAUCAAUACCGCUUCCUGUCAAUAGCAAAGGAACAUUAAUGGCCAUGAAUGAAUUUUUGUAACUGGAGCACCUGCAAGAAUUUAAUAUCUUAGUAGAAAGCUCUCUUUGUAUGUGCCAUCAAGGCUUUAUCAUUUUUUAAAAAUUGAAAAGUUUGCUUUGAUUUUUGAGGUAAUGGACUUUGAGUAUGUUUCUGGUUUUGAUGUUGCAUGUGUUCUUUCUUGUUAUUCUAAAUGUAUUUUCUUGCUUAAAGUCAAAUAAUUGCUUGCUGAUUUCUUAUUCAUGAAUCAUGAACUAUCUGAUUACUUCAUGUUAACUAAACUAAAUUUUAAUAUCUAUUUAAGCUGUUCAACUCAUAAAUCUCUCAGUAUUACCACCAAGGCGCAUUGUAUGUGUGGGCUUCAAAUCUAUUAUGACAUUCCAACAGGUUUCGAAAUGUAUGGUGAGGUUUAUUCAUGUCAGGAACUAUAUUGAUCAGAUAUUAUUGCUUAAUUUAUCAUAAGAUAGCCAUUUUAUCAUUACAAUUUUUAGAAGCAAGUGGUAUCUGUAAUGAGCACCUUCAUUAAAUUCUCUCUUUUUUUUAUGAAGUACAGGAAACUACUUGAAACUUGAAAAGCACACCAUGUUUUACAACUGUACAAAUUGUCUUGAGCUCUACCCCUUGCAUUCUGCUUAGUUCCAAUUACAACCUUCAAUACAGUAACUGAUACCAUUUAAAAAAUCAAUCCCUGUAAUAUUACUAUGCUACAUACAGCUUUGUAAAAUGUUGGUUCAAGAAAUUGUUUGUCCUUCCAAUUGCUUUUGUCCAGUAAUUAGAGGAUGGUGUGCUAUUUAUGUUUAAAAGAAGUCUCCUCAUUUUUAUUUAUUGCUUACGUGUGAGAUAGCAAUGGAUAUUCCACUUCUCUUCCCCUGAAAUUUAAUGACUGUUUAUGUAGCAUUCUAAAACUUCAUUUAAAAUGCUCCCUAUAGACAGAUUGAUAUAUUAAGCAAUGCUUUUCUGCAGGAUGAUAAUUAUUUGUGAGCAAAAUUGCCGCAUUAAUCCUAGAUGACGAAAAGUGACUAAAAUUUAUAAGUGCAAGAGCCUAUAGAGGAUUUGUUUGAUGAAUUAACUCAGUUAUAGUGCAGUAAACAUCACUAUUUUUACAAUAAUCAUUUGUGAAAAUCUGCAUUGUGUACAAAUCAGUUUUAAAUGUGGUAUGGAUUGAUAUGCAAGUCUCAGGUAGACUGCAGAAGUGGUUUCAAGUUCAAUUAAGAAUGGUGUUCUUGCACACCAUUUUCAAAGUGGUAAAUGUAUAUUUGAUGAUAAUAAAGUAGUCUGUGUAGCUUUUAAGUUAUUUUAUAAAGUAGUGCCAUUAUUGAGGUGCAGCAGCACUUUCAGUCAAAAUAAACUAUUCUAUGUCUUGGAAUGUUUUAAUGUUAAAUGUCCACUACAGAAUCAUUUUGAUUGCAAUAAACCAUUUGCUGUGCAUUCAUUAUUUA